CCAUUAAUUAAGGAACUGCCUACCAACAGUAGCUUAAGAACGCCCGGUGUAUUCAGAUUUCAGACCCCUAAAAUUGACAGAAGAGAAGAACGGCUCAUUCUCUUUCCUCUCUUAAUUGGAAAAAAGGAAAGAAAGGCCAAAAAAAUAGCCCACGAAAUACGAUCUAUACCAGAACCAAAAACACAAUCCCUAAUUGAAGUUCUCAUUCGACUGUCACAGCUUGAUUUGCAGAGAGUAUUAGGGGUCUUACAUCAACAUCGUCUUCCAAGAUGCACAAGUUGGGUAGAGGCCACCGUGACAAAGUCCAGCAGUUUAUGACUAUAACCGGAGCAAGUGAAAAGGUUGCUCUUCAAGUUCUUAAGGCAAGUGAUUGGCAUCUUGAAGGAGCAUUUGAUAUGUUCUACAGUCGAUCCCAAAUCCAAACCCUUACUGACACUAGACAUUUGGAAGAGCUUUACAAUAGAUAUAAAGACCCUUAUCUCGAUAUGAUACUUGCUGAUGGUAUAAGUCUUCUUUGUAGUGAUCUCCAGGUCGAUCCUCAAGAUAUCGUUACGUUGGUUGUUUCAUGGCAUAUGAAGGCUGCAGCAAUGUGUGAAUUUUCCAAGCAGGAGUUCGUCGGUGGAUUACAGUCACUAGGGAUAGAUUCUUUGGACAAGUUCCGUGAAAGAAUACCAUUCAUGCGCUCCGAGUUAAAAGAUGAACAAAAGUUCCGUGAAAUUUAUAAUUUUGCUUUUGGCUGGGCAAAGGAAAAGGGUCAGAAGUCAUUGGCAUUAGAUACGGCAAUUGGAAUGUGGCAGUUACUGUUUGCUGAAAAGCAGUGGCCAUUGGUUGAUCACUGGUGUCAGUUCUUACAGGAGAAGCAUAACAAAGCGAUCUCUAGAGACACUUGGUCUCAAUUACUGGAAUUUGCAAGGAUUGUAAAUCCUUCGCUAUCAAAUUAUGAUGCUGAAGGUGCUUGGCCUUAUCUUAUCGAUGAAUUUGUCGAGUACUUGAAUGAGAAUGGCAUUGUGCAAAAGGGUGAGUAACGAUUGGAGCCAAAAUCUGAUGAUGGCUGGUGGUGGUGUUUGUUGAUGUCAGGAAUGCAGCAUUCCCUUGGAUUGAGUUGUGCAAUUGUUGGCGCUUAUUUAUCUUCAGGAAUAAAGACAAGCAAAAAUAAACUAAAGAAAGAAAGAAAGAAAGAGAGUAGUCCCUAUUUGAAAUCACAAUGACAGUGGUUUACUGCAUUUUUUUUUGAUGUAGAUGGAUAUGAUUUGUACAUUGUGAGUACUUAUUGGGCAGCAGGGUUUCUGAAAUUGGGUGUGAAACUUGUUUUGAGUUUUAUUAUACCUUGAAUACGGAUCCAUUGUUUUAAGUUGUGUGAGGAGGUGGAGCAUGAACAUUUUGCAAUUACUCCUAUUAAUUUAUUCAGGUUUGUUUGUUGAAUCCUA